GCACUUCCUGAUCGUCUGUUUAUCUUGAUUAACAUCGUCCCCUUUUGCUGAGUAGCCAUUGGCUGUGAUGCCUGCCCCUUUGAAUAAAACACAUCGCCGGUUUCGGUAUUGGUGCUAAGUGUUGUUUGUUUACUAAAAAGGACAAAAAGAUCAAGCUCUAGAGCCGACACAUUCUACAAGUUGCGGCGUGUUUGAGCUUCAAUGUAUGGGUUUCCUGCUGCAUAUUUUUAUGACUCCCAGAAUAUUUGUUUAGCCCAUUAGUUGUAAAAUAUUAUUCAACUUGUCUGUGAGGCGUCGCCGAUGAAAACAAAUUGAGACGGGGAAAACAACAAAAAAAAGCUUCAAAUGUACUGUGUAUAGUACUUUGCCGCGGUGUAGGGUUAAAGUGCCGUCUUGUAAAGAGGGAGCGGGUCAGAAUUCUCCGAAAGCACCAGUUGAAAGGUAUGUUAGCUCAAAACGUCUGAGCUCCGGGUCCCUGAAUCUAGACUCUCAAACUUGCUAGAGUAAGUAAAUAAAUUAGAUCUACUUCUUCAGAUCUGCUUUUUCAGCAGUUUUAAGCGGAUUAGAAAUUCCAUGAUCAUAACGGGAUAAAGUACGUCUUUCCUAGCGGAAGGAAAGAUAGGGAAUAUUUGAUUUCUCCGGGCAAAGGACACGAAAUCCGACAGACCGCGACACGCGGUCGCGGUACUGGGUACAAAGAGAGAACUGGUGUUUUUAAUUUGGUGAGAACAGAAAGCAGAAAAAAUUCUUCUCAUCAGCAUUUUCUGACAAUACUUGCUUGAUAUAAAAUCCUGCUAAACAAAAAGAAAUAUAAAGACAAGUUAUUCUUCGAUCGUGAGAGGACAAGCCGUUGCUACACGCGCGUACACGCAUUGUGUUCACGUUUCACGUGUACUCUGACGUAUUGCGUGUUUUAGAGGUCACCAGAGAACCACGGGAAAGUUCCCGAAUCUACACAAUUUUUCUUUGUGCAUACUAGCAUAGGAUUUUCAUUUUAGUUGACGCUUGAUGGUGAAGAAGCGGCUCAUCUAACUUGUACUUUUUCGCUUCUUGUUGAUCAGAAGUCACCGAUGAGACCAUGACGAUUUAGAACAGAAGAAGCUCGUGUGUCAAGAAGAUGGGUGUUUCUGCCCAGAGAGGAAUAGUUUUGGCAUGCAUUUGGUUGAGCUGUGUUGCCUUGAAGCCGCAACGCAAUUCACGAAGGGAUGUUUAUAGCAACACAUGGGUGGUCUACGUAGAAAGAGAAAAGAGAUUCGUCGAUGACUUGGCGGAAAGAAAGGGCUUUAUCAACAGAGGAGAGAUUGAAGGUUUUAAUGGGCACUUCUUGUUUGAACACAAGACACUUGCAACGCGUCGGUCGCGGCGACAUGCCGCAGAACACACGGACAAUCUUCUUCGGGAACCACACGUUAAAUUUGCUCGUCAACAAAAGAUUUUGAGAAGGAGCAAACGCGGAUAUUUUUUAGAUCCUUAUUACAAAGAUCAGUGGUAUUUAAACAAUUCAGGUGAGUGAAAAUGUCGCUGAGAAUAUCGCUGAUCCCUUUGCCCUAAUUCAAAGUAAUCUUAACUUAUGCUUGAAACUUGUCAUUGCAUGCUCGCAUGCAUGUUGACUCCUUUAGACCUAGCUUUUGAGGAUACUUGUUUGGGAGUAUUAAAAGGCUACAAGCCUAUAAAGAAAUGAAUUUAUUUGGUGCAUUCAACUUGAGUUGAAUGAUUCUCCAUUAGUACGGAUGUGGUACGUGUUUAUUACAGCGCAUUUGUUUCUGUUAAAAUUUCACUUAUCUGAGCGCGCUGAAAUAUUUUUCCGAGUCACUUCUAGUUCGCUCCAAGACAGAAUGAGCUGCCAGAGCAAUUUCUAUGUGGUUUGUGGCAAUUGUGAAUUAGCGGCAGAUCUUUUAUCUCUUCUUUUUUUGUCGCAGAGUGUAAUUUACAUCAGUUCGAGCAAAAGCUGAUCCUUAUGAUCCUCAGCUUUCAGGUUAAAUUCCACGCGAAUAUUCUUUGUUUCCUCGUAUGCUCAAUAUAGUUUUUAUUUUAACAUCAAACACAUUAAUCGAGGCAGUAAUGACGCUUAAACCAUAUUGCCCGUUUGUUCUCGAGUUAUUUUUACGAAACGAGUUAAGCCCAUAACCAUACAUUCUACUGGCGCUUUGUUUGACUUGUGGUUCAGAUUUCAUCAGUGGCCUCAUUUAUCUUAUCGAAAUUUUACAGUUCAUCUUAAAGCUCAGCUAUUGAAUUUCUGACGGGAUCUUCUUUAUGCAAAAACAAAAGUCCUUGAACGUACAAAGCGAGCCGUUAGCAUUUCAAUAGCUAGACAUCUUUGUUUGUGUUGUCUACAUACACUGUAGUUUUAUGUCCACUCCAUUUAAAAGAACUAUGGUCUAAAAUUCGCGUUGUACUCAACAUGUGUACUCUGGUUGAGGUGUUUUUCUAAAUUCUUUGGUCUAUUUAACUAGUGCAAUAUUUAAAAUUAGUGCUGUCUUGUCGGUCAUUAAUCUCCAGUGCUGUUUUAUGAAUACUUUUAUGACAUGAAGGCCACAUAUUUUAAUAAAACUUGUCUCUCUGUCAAUAAUAAUCAUUUACCUAAGAUAUGUGUAAAAAGGCAAAAAUUAUGUCAAAAAUUCAGUUGAGUAUUGCACAUCAAUAAACGGUCUGGCCCGUGUUCUGACCUUUUAAGAUUUGCAAAUACUAAUUUCAGUGAAUCUUUGACUACAAAGACCUUAACACUUGGGUCUGUUAAAAUGCGUUUAUGUCCUGUGUGAGUACGUGUUAACUUUCUUCGUUUUACACAUGCAGAAUGUUGCUUCCUGAAAAUCUUUAACAAUUAGAGACUUUCAGCACUUGGACUCUAAUGAGUGACCUGAUAGUGUUAUAAGAUAUGGAUACUAAAUAUCUGAGAGGGAUUAAUGAUUUUUUUUCAUAGCUACAAGAUAACAAGUUUGGCAAUGUUGUCAUUUUAUGACAGAGUAGCAUUUGUUCUGCAACCAGAUGCAAUGCAGGAGAUAACUACUCCAUUGUGGGGCAAAUGUCAUUCUAUAAAAUCUUUCACAGAUUUAGUGCCAUAUUAAUAAAUUUUUAAGUUGAUGUAUCAUAUUUUUAAUCCCUUGCAUACUAUUUAUUUAUCUGAUCGCUGGUAUUUAUUUUUUAAGCUAGUGACAAAGUUCUUUAUUAUGCUUGUCCUUUUACCGAAAAUAAAAUCUUAGGGAAGUGGGGACUUAGCUUUAAUCCCAUUUAAAAAUUGAGAGGAAAUAAACCUUAAGAAUUAUAAAAAGAAAGUGUCACAGGAAUUACAAUUAUCAUAGAAAUAGCAGAGUAAUAAUUCUGACAAACAUUUGCUUUUCCAACUUAAACAUGCACUGAAGUCUUGUAGAGAUCACAUUAUGUGGAGACUGCAGGUAUAAAAUACAUUAUUACAUCAAUGUAUAUUAUUAUUGUAUACAAGUCGCAAAACCUUUUUUCCUCUGCUUUUGUUUUUUGAACAUGUAUACAGUGUGGUUUACCAGGGCUUGCUUUGAAACCAGAAAUGGCAAAAUUUACGAAUUGUGUAGUUUAGCUAUAGCUGUAAUAGUUAUGCUUGGGCAAAUUUUGGAUGGCUUAGUUAGGCACGCUUUUCUAGUAUAAAGGAAUUACUUUGUAGAAUAUUAUUAUAUUUUCAUUUGAAAAUACAUGGACUCCAUUAGCCAUCUAGGUCAUAUUUUCCAAGUUACGCUCCUCUUUUGUGAGCCCUCAUUUCUGUUGUUGAUAAUACAUGAUAAGGGAUUUCAACGCAUGUGGUUUUGUUGAAGGUGACCAUUGUAAACAAAACGUGUAGGAAUUUGGGCAUUUUUACAUAAUUAUUUAACAAGUUAUUUAAAACAUUUCAUGUACCUGUACUAUCAUACUGGUUGGCAUGUGAUAUUCUAUUUUUAUUAUAUCCAUGUGAUAUUAGUUUGAUUUUUCUCAAGGCUGAGAUAUUGAUGCUUAUUGCUAUAUAUAAUCAUUUAUCACGUCUUAUCCACACAGCCUUGUAACCUAUAUCACUUUAGUGACGACGUUAUGUCUUCUGAUGUAACCCAGAAAUCGCUUGAAAACAAAUUUGUUUUUUUUGUUUGUGGUUUAAACAGUUUUGAUUUUGAGAUGGAUUUUUUCUUGAAUUUUGUUAUUUUGGAGCUUUUGUGAAAAGUCAGUUUCCAGUUUGAAUAAUAAGGAAACUAAUAUUUUUUAAAUUCAUGAUUGUCAAAAAGAAGAGUAGAUAUUUGCUUGUUUCAAGUUUUGAGACUUUGGUCCACUCAAGAUUUGAGGUACAAUAUUAUUUAUGCAAAACUUAGAAGGUCCAUAAUUAUGUCCUCCUAAAAUAUAUACAAGUAGCAUUUGAGAAGAUGCCCCAUUUUUUACAAUCUAGGCCUGCAGUUUCUUUUUCUUUUCCUUUUUUUGUUAAGUUGCUGUUUCAUACAUGUACAUGUAGUUGAUGUUGUUGUUUUUGUGCUUGUUUCUUCAGUAAGCCUAAAUGCCGGCCCCUUUAAGUUAUUUUCUGAAAGCUGUUGCUCGCAUAGGCUACAGGCUUCUUUUCUUCUCCUCUCCAUGAUUUCUCUUUUUCUUUAAUGUAAAGCUAAUUCUAAAAGCUUCAGCCAUCACUACUAGAUAACUACAGCUACUGAAAUCUGAUGAUCACAGUCAUUUGAAUAAAGUGAUGAAAACAGUGUUUAAAAAGUAGGGAAAGAAGGGUUCAACCUUUUUUGAAGCAACUGUGGUUAUCUUUUGGCGUUAUUGUCACCUCUAUUAAGCAGCCAUUAAAGUGCUUGAUACACUUAGUUUAUCUUCACUUUAAGAAUAUGGUCAAGGAAAAUAUAGUCCGAGAUACAAGGUGAUGACGGAUUGUGGACCAGUAAUACUUCUCCCGUUGCUGUUUGUUUUGAAAUAAAGUGAUGUUUCUGCUAAAGAUUACGCUAAUUUAUGACAAACCUUCGUCGAGUAGCCAACCUCCAUUAGGUGGCCUCUUGCUGGUACCCUAAAGGUGGCCGCGCAAUGGAUGUUCAACUGUAUAAUGCACUGUAGUACUUAGAAAUUUAAACUAAUAAUGCUUUCUGGUUUCUUCAUAGGACAAACAGUAGGUCCGAAAGGAUUUGAUAUUAAUGUUGCCCCAGUAUGGAGAAAAAACAUCACCGGGCGGGGCAUAGUUGUGACUAUUCUAGAUGAUGGCAUUGAGUAUACUCAUCCAGAUCUUCGCCAAAAUUAUGAACCAAAGGCUAGUUAUGAUUUUAACAACCAUGACAGUGAUCCCAUGCCACGGUACAGCAAAGACAACAUCAACAAACAUGGCACGAGGUACUGUUAGUCUUUAUAUUUCAUGCCAGUUUUGAAAUAGAAUUAAAUGUGAUGCUACGUAUGUGAUGUAACCUUGUCAGUCCGAAAGGUGCCAAAAAAAUUCAAGGGAUACUCAAGAUGUCCAAACACAUGACGUCACAGAAAAGCACUCUCAGAGAGUAGGGUUUUCAUUGAGGAAAGGGAAAAGGGACCUUAUGGCCCCUCUCCAGGUCACAGCUGCGUACUCCACUUGUGUAAAACAAUUGUUAACAGUUUUCAGUUAUUACAACAGGGUUUGCACAGGUAAUGGAAAACCUGGAGAGUCAUGGAAUUUAAGAAUUUCAUUUUCCAGGCCUGGAAAGUCAUGGAAUUUAAUUGUCGGUCCUUGAAAGUCAUGGAAAAUUAAAGUUUUGUUUGGUGGUUUAGUUACUACAGAUGACAAAGCAAGGACAAUGUAAGAUAGAGAGGAGUAAUUAAACAGCGGAAAUGGCUCGUAUUUUAGUGGACACCUUGUGUCUGUUGAACUGCUUAAAGUCAAAGAAUACCCCCAAACUAGGAAAAUUUUGAAAGUUUUUGAAAUUGACAACCAAACCUAAGGUCAUGGAAAACUUGAAAAGUUCAUGGAAAAAGUCAUGGAAAGUCAUGGAAUUUGAACAGCUCGAAAGAGUACGAACCCUGUACAAACUUGUUUAAUGGUGUCCAUGCAUUCCAGNCAUUGAGGAAAGGGAAAAGGGACCUUAUGGCCCCUCUCCAGGUCACAGCUGCGUACUCCACUUGUGUAAAACAAUUGUUAACAGUUUUCAGUUAUUACAACAGGGUUUGCACAGGUAAUGGAAAACCUGGAAAGUCAUGGAAUUUAAGAAUUUCAUUUUCCAGGCCUGGAAAGUCAUGGAAUUUAAUUGUCGGUCCUUGAAAGUCAUGGAAAAUUAAAGUUUUGUUUGGUAGUUUAGUUACUACAGAUGACAAAGCAAGGACAAUGUAAGAUAGAGAGGGGUAAUUAAACAGCGGAAAUGGCUUGUAUUUUGGUGGACACCUUGUGUCUGUUGAACUGCUUAAAGUCAAAGAAUACUCCCAAACUAGGAAAAUUGUGAAAGUUUUUGAGAGUGACAAACAAACCUAAGGUCAUGGAAAACUUGAAAAGGUCAUGGAAAAUGUCAUGGAAAGUCAUGGAAUUUGAACAGCUCAAAAGAGUACGAACCCUGUACAAACUUAGCCUGCAGUGCAGGCGUUUUCUUUGAGUGCGCAAUUUGCUCGCAAAAGUGAGAUGUUGAAACUUCUCGAAGAGAGGAGGAGAUAGGGCGAGUCAAAGGGAGCGGGGAGGGGGUGGGGAGAGAGAAGAGAAAACGCCUGCCCGAAAACACUGUGAAAAUGAGAAACACCCCUUAAUUAAACGCGCGUGACGGUUCUUCUGGAAAUGAGUGGCUGACAAUAACAAAACAACCAAACAGUUGCUCCAGUCCAAAGACUCGCAUUGUCUUAAGAAAAACAAGCUGGAGUUUAUCAUUGCUUUUAUCUUGACCGAGUCACAAUGCAAUUCUCCACAGCUGAUGAAGCUUCAGUUUAAGCUGCAAUUCAUUCUUUUAAAUUCAUCUCUGUAAAUCGCUAUCCCUGAGAGUUUAACAUCCUACAAACAAUUUAAAAAACUAACGAGCUGGGCCCAGCGUGAUAACACAUUGCAGGAAAACAUCACAUUCUCGGACUAAUAAGAAAAUCACUUAGUUAUUUAGAUCCUGAGACACUUUGGACAAAAAUAAAGAAUCUAACAGCCUCAUUUCGCGAAAAAAGAGCGUUACCCUUCAAAAGAGGUUAAAGAAAACGUCUGGCAUCACAGGGCAAAUCAUGAAGACCAGAAACACCACAGAAAAUCAACAAGCGUGUCAUGACCUCUCAGUGUGAAACAAGCGGCUAAAAUCACAUUUGCUCUGUCAAAACAUAGAACCCUCUAGAGAGCAUCUACUUGCCAGAAAAAAAAAAGGUAUUGGAACAAGCAGCAUUUUGGCAUGAGGUAAAAGUGGUGUAGGCACUGCGAGCAAAUCUUGUCCUGAUGACCAGUGUAAAAAUCGCUUUGACUUUCUCAUUGCGUAAUACACGCGACAUUCCCAGCCGCUCCAAUUCCAAAAGACUGACGGAAACAGAAUAAACAAUAUAGACUUACAGUUACAGUCAAACCAGGUCAAGCGUUCCCGUCGCUAACAAACUAAUGAAUUCAUUAAUGGAGAAAUGAUUUCGUUUGUUGAUUCAAUAAUCCAUUCAUAAAAUGAAUAAUCCAACAGUCAAAUUGUACCUCGAUUCAAUAAUCAAAUGUUGAUUUGGUUUAUGAACAAAAUCUACCUGUUCUUUAUUCUUGUCUGUUGUGUUCAAUCGUAUUUGCUUCCUUUUUCCUGCCGUUUACGAUUGCGUCUUUCAUUGCCUUUAAUCAAAAUAACAGCUGGAAUAGACAGACCGCAAAUGCAAAGAAACUGACAAAGGCCGAGGAUCGAAAUCCACCAAUCACCGCACAUACACUGACCUCAGUUUGACCGUCGUGUUUUCUAAGAGGUCAGGCCUAGGUCUGUUGCACUGAUUACUGGCAGAAAACUGGCGUACAUGUAACAGUUUGAUUGGGUUUGAACUUCAGAACUCGCCAGCACUCGACUCUCAGAAAAAAAAGAGGAAAAAACAAAAUUCUGAGAUCAACAUGUGAAAAGUGUAGUUUUUCAAAAAACAGUAAUCGAAUCAACAUUCGAUUAUGGAAUCGAGGCUUAAUAUGAAUAUUGGAUUGUUCAUUUUAUGAGUGAAUUAUUGAAUCAACAAACGAAAUCAUUUUUCCGUGAAUGAAUUCAUUAGUUUGUUAGCGUCGGGAACGCUUGACCUGGUUUGACUGUAAUUGACAGGCAUCAAUCUACUUCCCUUACCGCACCAAUCAGGAGCUCCGUUUGCCAGCGUACGGAGUUUCCCAAAAGAACAAUGAUAUCGGGCAGGCGUAUUUUUUUUCUCUCCUCCCCCUCCCCCCUUUCCUUCUUUCGCCCUAGCUCCUACCGUAAGGGUUACUACUUCUACUCUCCCCAAUCUUCCACUGUCAUAAAAUCAAAGAUGGCGGCUACAACAAUAUUACGAACACGAACAAGGUUUCGCCCACCCAAAAUACGCCUGCACUGCAGGCUAGUACAAACUUGGUUAAUGGUGUACAUGCAUUCCAGAUCAAAUUGGAAUUUGGAAGUGUUUUUUUUUUUGUUGAGGAAAGGAGUUAACUGGAGCACUAAACAAAAACCUGUCAGAGCAAAAGAGAGACCUAACAAGAAACUAGCAAAUAGCUAGCAGCUGCUUAUGGAGAAAGGCUAUUGAAACCUGAGCCUGAGUAAAUGGUUGACGUCUUGGUGACUCCACCACUGGCUUCCCAGUGACAAUGAUGUGUGAGGACCAAGGGCAGAAAUUCCAUACUGAUACUGGCUAGUGCUUCUGGGCACUCUUGGAAACCCCCUGCUGAAUAACUUGUUAUUACAUUGUACAGUGUGUCUGCCAAGUGUUACACAUUAUACUCAACUGUUGUUAAUUGUUAUUUUGAGGAAGUUAGAAAUGUUGAUAUGCCAAUUUAUUGUUUCUAUAAUACAUUCAUACAUUAUAAUCUAAGCUGUAGAACUGUCAUGUAUCAGCCUGCAGGUUUUUACUCACAAUUUGUAACAACUUGUCUAACUCCUUGUGAUGUGUUGCAUCUCACUUUUACAGGUGUGCAGGGGAAGUAGCUGCUGGAGUGAACAAUAACAUGUGUGGGGUGGGUGUGGCAUAUAAUUCACGCAUAGGAGGUGUUCGUAUGCUGGAUGGAGAUGUAACUGAUGCCAUAGAAGCCUGGUCAUUGGGACUUGCUAGGGAUUUCAUUGACAUCUACAGUAGUAGCUGGGGUCCAGAUGAUGAUGGACGCACAGUUGAUGGUCCUGGGCCCAUGGCCAAGAAAGCCUUCAGAGAAGGUAAUCAUCAGUUGCGGCUAAAAUACUUUUUUACCAUAACGGAACAUUUUCUCGCAUGCUGAUUGGUUGAGAGCUAUGUUUGAUAAGAGUACAGUCCACAGAAUGUUUUGACAUCAUUUCUAUGGUCGAAAACAGUAUAGACCAUGGACAAUUGUUGUCGAUUUUGUUGACCUUAUUAGCUGUGCUUUCGGUCCGUACUGUAAAUUAUGUACUUGAGGAAAAAGAACGCAAUUCUGUAAGAUGUGCAUUAGAUAGCAAAAAAUAGAUGCCUGACAGUGGAUUCUUCAGACCUUAAAAAAUAUAUGUUUCUUUUUGUUUUUGGACCAAGCAAAAAAUUAUUCAGUCGUUGGGUUUGAACAAGUCAGAGAUACAGAAAUAUUUUAAAGAAGUUUUAUACACUAUCAUACGCUGUACUUAUUCUUUUUGGCCAUGAUUUGCCUUAAUAAAGGGACACAGUCAGCUAUGGGACUGCGCUGACCUGGACACUACUUUUGCCAGAAAAGUGUUUACCUCAACCCCGAAAUCAAAUGUAUCAGUAUGCGUCAUAUACAUCUAGAAAUCUGCUUCAAUCUUGCCUAGUGUUUCAUUCGAUCAUCGAUCUUUUACUGAAAACCUCUUUUUGAGCAAACGUUUACUGAUCCUAUGACAUUAUUUUAUCAUAUUUGGAUAAAAAAAGUAUCCAAAGGAACAUGAACAGAAGAGGUGAGAAAUGUGUAGGUGCCAGGUGAGAGAAAUCGUCUUCUUUUACCAAAAUAACAAGAGAAAUGAAUAAUGGCUUAGGGUCAAUAAUCACGAGUUUGGCUUGUAACUAGUUCAGCUUAGAGUAUUCUGGAUACGCCUCUCACUUCUGUUUCAUGUGCAUGUUUUGUGACAUGCAAAUCAGCUAAGAAAUGGUAUCUAAUGCACAUGUGCAUCAGCUGACUGUGUCCCUUUAAUUUCAAGAAAUUAGUUCCAGGAAGCUAAUUAAACCCUUCCCUUUUCAUUGCAAAAUAAAGCUGUGUGAAUUGGCAAGUAUAUCUUGUAUCAAAAUACAGUGUAAAGCUGUUUGAAUUGAUAUGUGUAUUGCUACAGUGGCUCAUCUGGUUAGAGCUCUGCACCGUUAUCAAGUAUCGCAGAGGUCAAAGUUUGAAUUCCGGGAGGCCUGAUUUUUUUCAGGCUUUCUUUUCACAACUGGCUAAGGUGCAUAUUUACCUGUGAUGAUUUUCUCUGCAUCGUCUUCUUCGUCCAGCAGUUCAAAUAUAUGAAAUUCAUAACUUUGUAUUUAUUAUAAUUUCAUGAUAUGUGUAUGUUGUGUAUUGUAAACAGGUAUCAGAAAGGGGCGUGGUGGUCUUGGAGCCAUCUUUGUUUGGGCUACUGGUAAUGGCGGCCACUACGAUGACUACUGCAAUUGUGAUGGCUACAUUACAAGCAUUUACACUGUCUCCAUUGGAGCAGUCAACGAUCGGGGCAAGUCUCCUUGGUAUGCCGAGCCUUGCCCAUCAACUCUUGCCGUUACCUAUAGCAGCGGCGAGACACGCGGACAAGACAAGCAGAUUGUUACCACUGACUUGCACCAUGCAUGUACCAAAGGGCACACUGGGACAUCAGCUGCAGCUCCUCUUGCUGCAGGUUUGUUUCUCCCUUUGUAAGCUCUGCAAUAACAAAAUAUUUAGCAUGCAAAUAGGUAGUCUGCAUCGAAGAUGUAAUAUAACCGUGAUAAGUAAUGUCUAUGAAGCAGAAUCAAGGUCCUUCUUCUGGGCCCCCAAUGGACUCAACAAGUUACCGAAAGUGCGUUUUGAAUUUCCCUUCAACCUGAUUGGCAAAUGGACAAUGGCUUUUUUGACAGGCCAAUCAUGGCACAUACUCAAAUCCUGGUACACAGGUUGGGACCCAGAACAAAGAUUUUGGCACUGUUUCAUAGAUGUUACUGCAGGUAAUCGGGGUUAAGUUUUGUCUGGUGCAGGCUAGCCAAGAGACUCUUCCAUGGUUUUUUAACUUUUGAAUGGGACCAGUUAGCAAAAAUCCAUUGACAUGGCUGGAAAGAACAUGGUUAAAUUGAACUGCACGAGCUCCUGUUGUAUUGAUACUUAACUCACUCUAUUGAGGUAGUGAAGAGAACUCCAAUGUCUGAACAGAGGUGUCUGUAAAGACAGGCUUCAAGGCUCUAUUUUGUCUGAUUACAGGUUCUGUAGAAACUAUGCCAUUGUUUUGUUCUGUUUCUUUUUCUGUAUGCUGAAAUGUUUUGUGAACUGUUUUCUAGGUAUAUUUGCUCUAGUUUUGGAAGCCAAUCCUAAACUGAGUUGGAGAGACCUACAACAUCUUAUAGUCAACACCUCGAAAGUGACUGAUCGACAGGACAGAGACUGGCAGAAAAAUGGGGCAGGACAUCGUGUCAAUCACAAAUAUGGCUUUGGAGUUUUAGACACAGCAGCUUUGGUGGCAGCAGCGACAUCACCAAACUGGAAAACAGUCCCUGAGCAACACAUGUGUCGAGAGCAGGAUCAUACCGACAAUAAGAGAAUACCUGCCAGGGGUACUCUGACAUCUUCCAUAAUAAGUACAGGGUGCUCUGGGAAGACGAACUGUGUCACCAAACUUGAGCACGUGAGGGUAUAUGUCACCCUUAGCCAUAAAUCCAGGGGUUCGUUACGAAUUGUUUUAACAUCACCUGCUGGCACGAGGUCGGAACUCUUAGCACCCAGAGACCGGGAUUAUUCAAGUGACGGUUUUUCGAACUGGGCUUUUAUGACUGUGUUCAACUGGGGUGAGAAUCCUGCAGGUGUGUGGAAGAUAGAGGUGUCUGAUACCAAGGGCAUGGAAGGAGAAUUUAAAAAGUGGUCCAUUAGACUUUACGGCACUUGUGAACUGAGUGUUAAUCCAAAAAUCAAUCCAAAUGAUUCUAAAACAUGUAGUGAAAAGUGCAAAAAAGGAUGUGAGGAGCCCUUCAGCAAAUCAUGUCCCAACUGCACCCUGUAUUGCCACUGUGACUACGGAACAUGUUUGUCGCUCUGCUAUCCUGAUGACAUUGUAGAUCAAGUAAAGAAAGAAUGUUGUAAAGAUCCAAAUGCUCCUACUGAGGAGGACACAGCGGUGCCUCCAACCUCUUUACGUGAACAGGGGAUGUCUACCUUCGUCAAAUUGCUCAUCAUUUUUAUUCUUGUAGCUGUUUUCUUAAUUGCUGUGUUAAUCAUGUGGCAGUUUAAAAUUAGUCAGAAGGUUUGCUGGGGAGACAGUAACAAGUUAAACAAGCAGAUUCGUACUUACUCCCAAAACAACGUUGCAUAUUGGCCCGUUGCUGUUACACCAGAGGUCAACAAUCAGAACUUGAAACAACUUGGAAAUUUACAAAAUGUUGCUUGAUUCCAAGGUGGUGGUAAUUUUGAGAGAAAAUAGACUGUAAAAUAUACCUUUGUUUGCCAUUGUAAUGCAAUUACCAUUGGAAGAAUUCUUGUGCUUUCAUGUGUUGGUAUUUAAGCAUAAUUACCGUAACUCUAUCGUUUCAAGAUUCACAACUAUGAUGCUGACUGAUAAUCUAAUAAUCUUGCCCGAAUUAUGGUCACAAAGAUUUCAAGUUGCUGGGUAUAUGUGAUAAGUAGACAGGAAUUGAACAGUUGUGACGUUCUUUUGGUUCUGUUUUCCUUUUUUUCCUUUGAAAGUAGCUGGGGGAUCAUGCUCAUAGUAGCCUGAGAAAUCCCUAGCCCAUGGCCUUCGGUAACAGCCCUGUCAGGAGUAGUGAAGGGUUAAGGAUUAAGUGUAUAAUUAUUUACAGCAGUGAUGUAAGUGGUAAAAUUAACAAUAUUCCACUUGCUCCCAUCAUUUCUUACUGGAAAAAGUUACAUUAGUUGAUUAGCAGUGGUUUGACUAAAUAACUCAGUCUUUAGCAAACACAUUCAUGUUGUUACUAGAUCAGGUUUUUAUAUAUGAAAAAAUCAGCACCUUUUAAAUAACAGCUUUGGACAAAUCACUUUGCACAAUUUUGAUUUUUUUUUUGUACUCUGAAACUUAAAAUAGACCAAGAUUAUUGCCCAAGGGGGCCGGGGGUGGGGGGGGGUACUCCCUAUUUCUAGCUACAGGGAUGAUUGAAUGGGAGCAAAAAUCAAAACUCAAAAAAAUCCGUAGGGCUUGAAACAGAACUCAAAAAAGUCUCAUGAUGAAUUUCCUAGCAAUAAGAAUUUACAGAAAGAAUUGAAUGAUAUAACACAAAAAAUAGGAACAUUAGCUUUGAACAUCCCAAAAAUCCCUACUUAAAUCAAGCUACCCAAAAAAAUUCUUUCCAAAAUUUUCCUACCCCAAAAAAUCCCGAAAUUGAAAAUUUGGAACACAAAAAAAUCCUUCGAUUAUCCCUGUCACUUGAAAUCUAGAGUACCCCCCCCCCCUUACCCCCCGGGAGUAUUGCUAGUUUCCAGUGGUAUGUUAAAAUAAUACUGGACCCACACUUCUUGACUGAUAACCCUACCUCAACCCAGUUGUAUGCAUAGCUGUGAUUCCUGUUUCUCAGCUAGCAGGGACAAUUGAAAAAAGAGUGAGCGCAAGGAAUAAUUAUACAGUCACACCCCGCUUUACAGACACUUUGUUACGGUCAGUUUUGCUUUGUCCCUGGGGAAAAAAAGCCCUUACUUUUUCUCUAAAUUUGACCCACUUAAUACAGACACCCUGAUAAUAUGGACACUAAAUUUCUAUGGCCCCCUCGGUGUCCAUAUUGAUGGAGUUUGACUGUACUAAGGCGUAUGUUUCACAUUGUUUCUCCCCUUUCUUUGCCUUCUUUUUUUCCCUGAUUCUCAGAUGGUCCAGGUUGCUCAUAGAUCACGAGUUGUCCUUGUUUUGUUAGAUCCAUGAGUGGCUAGUGAAAAAGGAAAGUUAUGCAAAUUAAUGGUUAAAAGGGAGGAGAGAUUUGGGUAGAGAUCGAGAGGAAAAAAGAUGUCUCUUUUUUUCUUUGCUUGGGCUCCCACCCUUGUUCCUUGCAGCUUUGCUGCUCGUCCCCAAGUCUGCUUUUGAUCUACUGUGAAUCAAACGAAAGUUGAGAGACUGCUUGCUCAGGACCCACUCACUCUCUUGUGAAUAGCCAUGAGUGACUUAGACUGUCUGAGAAUCAGGCUUCUUUAGAUUUUGUUUUGUUCAUCUCUGCUAAGUGAGAGCUUGGAACCAGUUAGCGUAGCUGGUGUGGUUCACACAUUUGUGAAUUUCAAAGUGUGUUGUCCGUUAAAGAAAGCUCUACUUGUAAUGUUGUCGAAAUUAUAUAUAAAUGCUGUGUAUAAUUAAGGAAUUUAAUUUGUAGUUCAUUGUAACAGAAAUCUUGAUUUACGGUUUUUAUGAGAUGACUGCUAUGAGAAUUGAAGGGGUAAUUAUUGAAAGUGACCUUUAGUGACUCAUUCAUUGAAGUCCAAUUCUAGCUUUCUUUGUUUGUGCUUGCCAACGAAUGCAGACAUAUAAUUUCCUGUUGUUGCUUCUAGAUCUCUUGCAAUGACUGGAAAUAUGUUUGGCUUUGCAGGCUAUGUUUGUAAAAGGAAAUUGGAAGGGAUGAUCGUUUGGGUCUUCUUUAUUGAAGUUUUUGUAUAUCACUCAACAGAUUUUACAAAUAUCCAUGUAUAUUUUGCUUGGCAGCAAAGACAGAUGUUUUGAUGCUGUGUAUACUAAUCCAAACAAUAAUAUUUAUACAGUCAAUCAUGUGUAAUAAUUAAAGUUUUUUAGAUUAUCCAAGCAGAGUGGCUAUAUUAGAUCUUGCCAUCUUACACGUGAC